UGAACGCCUCGCAGGUGCCAGGUGGGGAAAUGUGCGUCCUGAAAAACAGGUCCAACCGUUGAGUGCCGUUACUCGGGCGCUCGUCUCUCCUCCGGUAUGGCCCACGGCUGCGUGGGGAACUGCGCGCCGUUAUUCUUCCUCGCCGUUGUGUUUGACGCAGCUGGCCUGGUCGUGCUUCUGGUCGGGAUUUUCGGCAACCUGAACCUGGGCGGCCGCUUCUAUGGGGAUUUCCUCAUCUACACGGGCUCGAUCGUUAUUUUCCUCAGCUUGAUAUGGUGGGUUCUGUGGUACACGGGCAACGUCCGGCUGUACGGGGAGGACCGGCCAGGCCCCCUGGACAUCAGCUUUACGCACUGGGCCAGGAAGCUGUCUGAGCGGCUGUCAAAAAGCGGCGUGAAGCCCCUGGAAGCCGGAGAGGGGAGGAAGCAGAAGAAGGACACGGGGAACGGGAGGGAGAUGAACGGGAGCGUGCGUGCGGCCGCGCCGUCUCGGAUUACCUGGGAAGGCGGCAGCGGCGGCGCCGUGUCGGGUCACGACAACAGGGGGUUUGAUGAAGGGACUGAGUGCGCGUCUCCAGCUGGUAGGAACGUGGAGUUGGGGGUAUUGAGGAGCUCAGACGUGGCUCUGCAGGCGGCAGGGGACAAAGCCGAGAGGCUUCUCUGACGGGAGAUGUGAAAAGAUUUUCAUUGGCCCGUGGCAGCUUUUCAUUAAUGAGCCUGACCGUUUCUGCUCACCUUCACAGGUCUGCAUUAUUUCAGCCGUCAGUUUGCUUGUAAUCGGGUGGCAACCCAGACACCCUUUGGGCCAAAAGGUGCAAUUGCAUUUUAAUGGAACUGAGCAGUGCUUAUUGAUUUAGUGGAAUGGAUUGCGGUAGGUAGGUAUAGGUACGGCCAGGCCGAUCACUCCGCUACCAAAUGCAGGGACCAUAUAUAAGUCAGCUCCAUGCACACUCCUUCCAUCCACUAGUUCCACAUAGUUGACUGUAACGGGCCCUAGCCUGCUUCCCAUAUUAUCUAGCUUGGCUAAUGAUCUUAAGAUAUUGUGUGAAAGGGUGUGGUUGACAGAACAAACACUGGAUACUGAAAAAUGAGGCCAGUUCUUUACUGUAACUUUACUAUGUUAAAUGAAAGAUGCACUGACAGCAGGCCUGUAACUAC